AUGCAAACAAACAAAGAACCCGGUGCUGGCGCUGGACCCAUGUCGGCUCACCCAGGCAGCAGGAGCAAUGCAUCUUCUGGACGUCGCGUUCUGGGAGAUAUGUCUCCCAAUGUUCGAGCCUCAGCAAUACCUCCCGCCAGUCAUUUGACCAAGCCAAUGGCGGGGAGUCCCCUCAAACGGAGCUUUACGGCUGCUAUGGAAGGCAACGGCUUCAAGUACUUCAAGAAGCGGAGGCUGUCCAGUGAAACGCCGCUCCAUCAACAGUACCACUCUCAUGAGAAUCAGGACAGUAACCGAAGCGCCGCGAGCGUUGGACAUGCCCAUCCCGUUCCAGCUCAGACGCAGGUACCUGUACCAAAAAUUGAAACAUCUUAUCCAACAGAGCCCAACACACCAACAUCUGAAGACGGCAAUGCCAAUGUUGUUGAAGGAUCUUCCGGGGAACGAGCAUCCUUCUCCUCCCUCAUCAACUACGACCCAUCAUCCCAGACACUUCCUCCGAGCGGAUCUCAACAGGACCACGCAAGAUCUGGAUUUGUGUUCAAUGGUCCUUCUCGUGCUGAGCUACUUCGACUUCGCCUCAAGGUAGCCAUGUUCAAAGUACGGACGAAUCAAGUCGCCAUCCCGUUUGAAGAGCUAGAGCCGGAAGCCAAAUUAAGCACUUCCGUAGCGGUGGAAGGUGCUGUCGCUCUACUUCGCGACCAAGCUCGAGCAAGGAUGGCCCAAGCACCUCCGCCGCCUCCGAAUGUCAUGCUCKCAGCUCCAGUGCUGAAGCCUACGAGUUAUAGCAGUCGAAUGUUGUAUGGUCCGGCGGUUUCGAGCUCUCCUCCAGCCGCGUCGCUUGCGGGUCUGUCUCGGGGGUCCGGAGGAAUGGAGACGCCUGGGAGGAGAUACGUACAGGACGAUGCCGAAUUGACAAGUAGUACUGUCAAGGGAAGGGUUGCAGAAGGGCUGUUGGGAUUAAGGCAUGGUUUUUGVGGUGUUGAUAAUACGACGGACGCUUCCCAGAAAGGAGAUGCGAUGACAUGGUGGCUUCCAUGGCUGUACGAUGAGAGUACACCUGCAUCGUGA